CAAGCACGAGCGCAUCCCAGCCGCCGGCCCCCCGCGAUUUCUCGCCAUGGCCGGAAGAUCCAUCCCCAAUGGAUUGAAGAAGCAGAUGCAAAAGGCCACGGUGAAGCACACCGAUAUGUCCAACGAGAUGAAGACGGAGGUGGUGGAUAUCAUCGCAGGCAACAUCGACAAGUUCACCCUCCCCACGGGCGUGAACUUCGAGGGUGCGACACGGGCCAUCAAGGAUGCCUUGGACAAGGGCUACGGCUUCAACUGGCACUGCGCCAUGGGCAAGGGGUUCUGCUUCGAUGUGACAGCACAGAACGGCACGCUGAUGCAUUGCUAUUACCAGGGCGAGCUCGCCAUCUUGGUCUACAAGUGCUGAGGCAUGAAACUGCCGCGGUGCUUGACUCUGAGAGGCCAUGGAUUUGUGUCGCCGUCGGUCUUGAGAACCUUCAAGAGCUACACAAAGAAAGGAAGGCCGGUGGACUAGCACAGUCACAGUGCCUUGGCUCACUUCUUGCGGCUCACAUGGC